UACGCAGAACUGCAAACCCUUCGGCGGUCUAGAGAAGAGGAAGAAGCGGAGGGUGAAGCCCUUCGCCUCAGGUUGCUUCCCAGCUUUGGGAACGAAGCAGUGCAGCAGAUCCGUCUUUCCUUUCAAGGAUUAAUUUUUGGAGGGCAAGGUGAAUUUCUGUGGUGAUCUGGAGGUUGGAUGAGGAUCCAUGCGUGGAUUGCUGCUCCAUCCGGCGAGAGAAGUUAGGGCGGGAAUUUGGGAAGCCGUUUCUUUUCUAGUAGGGAAGAAGGGGGCGGGGAAUUCUCAAUGGAUAGGGGAGAUGGCAAGGGUAGCAUUGCCUUGCCAGCUUCAGACAAUGGCUGCUAUUUGAUGGGUUUUGAGAGUUAUUUCAGCGAUUCUCAUUCAGAGUCUGUAUUAAAGUCGGGGAUGCCGUCUUGCUUGGGUUUGGAGUAUAAGGUGGGGAGCAGAAGUAACUCCUUAGAGCUUGUGAAGUUUGUUGAGGCACAAGAGGCAUUUAUCAAGGAAGAAUACAAAAAUGUGGAAGAACAGGCAUCAGGUGUAGUUGCCGAGGAUGAGCAAGAUGACUUCCCUGGGCUGUCUCCCUUGAGAGGAGAUUGUGUGAUGAGUUCUUCCAAUAUUGGCACUGAAGUUGAAGCAGGGUACAUGUCCAGGAUGUUUGAGGAUGGUAGAGGUUGCAUUGGUUGUGAGAACUUUCUCUUUUCUUCAAGAGUAGAUGUUGAUAGCCCUCUGGUGGACGUUAAUGGAAAUUUGACUAAACUAGGAGAUGGAUUUUGUUGUCUACCUCCAUCCAACGAGUGUUUGAUUUCUUCUGAAAUAUCAAACCGUGGUCCAAUGGAAGGGAAAAAUGGAAGUUUGUCUAAUGUAGAUUCGUUCAAGUCAAACACUAACAGUUGCAGUGGUGAUGUAGCUAACUUGGUUGACAGGAAAAAAGAGGAAACACAACUGUUCAGCUUAGAGAAUGGUCGGGUUUUGCCUCUACAGUAUGCUAGAAAGCUGAAAGAGACUCAUCAAAUCAAUCACUUUGCUCAUUCGCAUAAAAAACAAAUAGCCAAGGAAGAGAUUUUAGGGUCCACUAUUGUUGAGCAUGAACCUAGUUGUUCAGCACAAGGAUCAACCAGUGAACGAACAGAUUAUUCUGCGGUAGAAAGAUCUAUUUUGGAGAAGCUAUCAUAUCCGUCCACUUCUUUUGCAUGUUGUUCAAUAGGCACAUCUGAGCUUGAUACCAAUAUAAGUUCUCUUGAUUCCCUUAGAAAGCCAUCAACUUUCUGCACCAAUGAUAAGGAGUUUUGCACAGACGCAGAGACGGUAGUUGUUGCUGUUGCAAAUUCUAGCUCUAUAAAUUUUGUUAGGCGUACCAACCCCAAUCGGGGUGCUUCAUUGAGGAGCAAUUUGGCUGAUGGAAAAUUUAAUCAGCUAAACAUGUCUCAAAGCGAUCGAGGAAAAUGCAGGAGAAAGGUUGGUGCCAGAACUUCCCGUGCACCAAUCACACUGAAGAUGUUUGGUGAAGUUAGAAGGAAAAUAAGAAACUCUCACAGGCUGCCGCGUCUUUCUAUUUGGGGAACUGUUGAAAAUUUGCUUCUCAUUAUCAAGCAAAGAGAUGAGCUUAACUUAGAGUCUAAUGCCGCUAAGAAACGAAGGUCAACUAAAGCAGGAUCCGGUGCCAAUAGAAGGAAAAGAAAAACUGCUCUAAAAAAUAAACAGUCCCGAUUAUCUUCAAGUAAAGUAUAUUCUUCAUCCUGUGAAUCUAUUCCACUAAUUAUGCAUGAUACACAAGCUUCUAUCAAAAAUGGUAUAGAGCAUUUCAUGGGAACUUCUAAUUGCCAUACUACUUCUGAAACUUCUAGCACAAAAGUAGAAUUAGACGAAAACUAUGUAGAAAAAUGGUAUUCUGUAGUUGGUUCAAACGUGAGAGAGGGACAGCAGGGAGAAAAAGACUUGGAGAGCACUUUGACACAAGAAAUAUCCGCUGACAAUCUGCUAUCAGAAUGCCAUGGAGUUUCACCUCGAGUAGAACUUGAGUUCGUUGCAGAAACUGUAGAUGAUAAGCAAAAAUCAAAUGCUGAUCACUCUCCUGGUUCUGAUGUUUGUAAUCCUCUCAGAGAUUGUGAUAUCCUUACAGGUGAGUGUUCUACUUUUAUUAAAUUAGAGUCUGUGCUUCAUCAGAGCAGUAAAAUUCAGGAACCGAAGGCAGAAGAUGGCUUGCCUUCUGCUGAGCUAAAUUUUAUCAAACCAUUUGUAGCACUCGAGAAUCGAAGCAGGAAUCCCAAGAGAAGUCAGAAGGGAAAGAAAAAAAUGAAAGAGAAGAAAAGGGAGAGAGAAAACAAAGUGACUAAAAAAAAUAAAGGGAAAAAGACAGGUGCAUUUCUAUUAUCCGAUCCUUCUUGUGUCGAGGAAAGGUCAGAUUGCCUGGAGAAGUCAAAUGAGGUUAAACAGUACUCAUUGAAAAUGAACUGCUGUGGCAAGGAUAACAGAGCAUGCAAGAAAGGAGGAAAAUGUUCAAAAUAUAUUAGAAAGCACUGUAAAAGUGGGUCAAAAUCAGAGAGGCUUUUCUUAGAUUCCUCUGUUUAUGAAUCGGCUGACUUGGAUAACUUCAAUCAUCGGCUGGAAAUACAAAACAAAUCAGAAAUCACUGGAAGUUUUUUGCAGAAUGAUGAUACUGAACAAUUCAAAGCAAUUUUACCUUUUGAUUAUGUUAAGGAAUGCCAAGAUCAGAGAAGUAUCAAAAAGAGGCUGUACAAAAACAAAUCAAGCCGCACAUAUUCAAUAAGGCAAAGAAGGAAAUUUAUCUAUGGCCAACAGAAAGAAACUAUACGGAAAUGUGACAAAUUUAGGAUGGAUAAUCUUUUUCGAAAAGAAAAUGAUGACUUGGGAUUCUCUAGAGAAACGGCCAACAACUCGUCACUACUUGGAGCUCAAUUGCCUGCUGCAGGUGAAGCAGCUGCAGCUGAUGCUCUGCUAAAGGAUGUAUUAAAUGAUGUUGCAACACCAGCCAGUGGGGAGCUGUCAGCAAGAGAACUAUAUAAUGUCUUAUUGGGCCAGUCUUCACUUUCAGGCAAAAAAGCUUGGGCUCUUUGUGAUGAUUGCCAAAAGUGGCGUUGCGUGCCAGAUGAACUUGUGCAUGUCAUUGAGAAAAACAAAUGGACUUGUAAAGACAAUGUCGAUGAAGCUUUUGCUGACUGUGCAAUACCGCAAGAGAAAACAGAUGAUGACAUUAAUAAUGAUCUCGGGAUCUCAGUUGAGGACUAUUGCUCUACAGUACCAUUUAGUUAUGGGGAACCUGCACCACUAAGACCAGCUGCCAUUCGAACCACGUGGACUCGUAUUAAAUCCAACUUGUUCCUUCAUCGUAAUCGUAGAACUCUGACUAUCGACGAGAUGAUGGUCUGCCAUUGUAAGCUGCCUCGAGAUGGCGGUUUGGGUUGUGGUGAGGAAUGUUUAAACCGUAUGCUUAAUAUUGAGUGCGUAAAGGGAACCUGCCCAUGUGGGAAUCUAUGUUCGAAUCAACAGUUUCAAAAGCGCAAGUAUGCCAAAUUUAAAUGGAUUAACUGCGGAAAGAAAGGCUAUGGAUUGCAGUUGGAAGAGAGUGCUUCUAAAGGACAAUUUCUCAUUGAAUAUGUUGGGGAGGUGCUUGAUUUAGCUGCUUAUGAAGAACGGCUUAGAUAUUAUGCUUGCAGGGGUCAUAAGCAUUUUUAUUUUAUGACGUUGAAUGGUGGUGAGGUCAUAGAUGCAUGCUCUAAGGGAAACUUGGGUCGUUAUGUCAAUCACAGCUGCGAUCCUAAUUGUCGGACUGAAAAGUGGAUGGUUAAUGGAGAGGUGUGUAUUGGGCUGUUUGCUAUUCGGGAUAUCAAGAAGGGUGAAGAAAUCACGUUUGAUUACAACUAUGUAAGGGUGUUUGGUGCCGCUGCUAAGAAAUGUGUGUGUGGUUCUGUUGAGUGCAGAGGUUACAUUGGCGGUGAUCCAUCAAGCUCUGAAGUUAUUGUACAAGAUGAGUCAGAUGCAGAUGACCUUGAACCAGUAAUGAUUGAUGAAUAUGGCGAUGAUGAGCUUGGAGUGACAAUGACGGACUCUGAUGCUAUUGAUGCUAAGCUAGAAGAAUUUUCUGUAGAGAGAAUUGACACUGAGGGUAAUCCUCCAACGUCGGAGCAGGGGAUAUGUGUGGAAAAUAAAGGUUUAGAAAAUCAAGAUGCUAUUCUCCCGUCAUCAUCUGAACCAAAUGUGACUGAUAGUUCGACGCAAUGUUCAAAUUAUGUGGAAUCCAAAGAUAGCAUUUGCAGAAUAUCUGAUGAGCAACCAUUACUGGAUCUGCAGCUUGGUUUGGGUAACAUAAAACCUGAUCAAACCUUUGGUGAUGAUGUAAAUGAGAUUUCACCAUUGAGUGAUGCUUUCAGGCCAUUGGCUCCUAAGCAGUUUUCAGAAAGAUCUAAGCACAGCCUGAAUACUUCGUGCCAAAGUGAUCUUGUGGUGCAUGAACCUGUUACGGAUGAUACAACAAAGAUUUCUUCCCAAAAUUCUGAUUCUUUCAUGCAUAAAAACGGUUAUGCAACUUCUCCAAUUGAAGAAAUUCUAACGUCAUCAAAGCCUAAUAAUGUUGUGAAAGCAUUGCAACAUGUAAAAAUUAAACGGAGCAGGGUAAGUGUCAGAAGUUUGUCUUCUGGGAAAACAAGGAAAGUUUCUACUGCAAUCGGCAGUCGACAUAUUGAAGGAGUUGAAGAAAAACUUAAUGAGCUGCUAGAUGAGGAUGGUGGCAUUCGCAGGCAGAAAGAUGCUGCUAAAGGAUACUUGAAGCUUUUAGUUGUAACAGCAGCAGCAGGGGAUGAAACCAGUGGCAGCAUGUCCCAGAGUGCUCGGGAUCUUUCAUUGAUUCUUGAUGCAAUUUUGAAAACUAAGUCUAGGAUGGUUCUGGUGGAUAUAAUAAACAAAAAUGGAUUGCAGAUGCUGCACAAUAUGAUGAAGCAGAACUGUGAUAACUUCAACAGAAUUCCCAUUCUUCGGAAACUUCUUAGGGUCUUGGAAUUUCUUGCAGAAAAAGAAAUCCUUACUACAGAUCAUAUAUAUUCCGCUCCUCCUUACGCUGGAAUGGAAAGCUUCAAGGAAUCAAUGCUAAAGUUAAUGAAGCAUAGGGACUCUCAGGUUCUUCACAUUGCCCGGAACUUUGCCGAUCAAUGGAUACCCCGCAAUUAUCGUAGGGUGGAUCCUUCUGAGAGAGAUGGAAAAAAUCCAUCUACAAAGCAUCCACGCAAUGACUGGUGCCAGACUUCAAAAAAUCAUUCUUUGCAAGAUCACGAUAAGCGGGACUCCGGUGCAACACUUAAUGGCUCUGUUGCAAAUUGUCUUCCUUCUUCUGCAUCAGAGUUCCAAGGAGAAUCUCUUUCUCUUCCUCCUCAAACGCCAUCCGGCUCUGUAUCCUUUGCUGAUAAUAUUCCAAUUGAAGGGACGAGAACUCGAAAACGUAAAAGCCGGUGGGACCAGCCUGCGGAUGUCACCAUUCCAGAUAUUGAUGUCUCAAAACAAAAAUCGGAGAUUCAAACUGAAGGAAACAACUCUUCAGAUGUAGUCAUUGCAUCUAUUCCUGUGUCUGUUGAGCAAAAUAGUGAUGAUGAUGGUGAAAUGCCCCCAGGAUUUGGGUCUGCCUCCAUUAAUGACGGUGCUCGGGUAACCAGCCCGAGUCCAAAUGUUACAGGAGAAGUGAUUGGGUAUCCAUCAGAGAGAUAUCUUCCAAACUUGACUGUUUCUUACGGCAUCCCCCUUGACCUGAUGCAUCAACUGGGAAUCCCUGAAACUGACGCAAGCAAUCAGAUCGAUCCAUCCUGGAAAAUCGCUCCUGCUAUGCCUUUCAAACCUUUCCCUCCCCUGCCGUCUUAUCCUCGGAACGACCCCUCUUAUUCAUCAAACAGAUGGAAAGCAUCUUGUAAUGGAAACUCUAGCAAUGUUAACGGUGUAGAAGAGAACAAUUUCCAUUCUAGAAAUGAAAGUGCAAGGUUUCCGAAGGACGACAAUGGGAGAAGGUUCUUCAAACCUCAGCAAUGGAAUAACCAGAGGCCUCCGCGGUGCGGGUCUCGCUGGUCGCAGGGAGGGAAUGGUUUCAGUUGAAAGGUAAAAAUUCAGGAACAGAAGUGGUUUUAGACUUACUGGAAAUUAUAGGAAAGUUGUUGGUGGAGGUCUCAGUAUUUUUUUUGUCCCAGACGGUGUAAAUACUGCUGGUGUUCACUCUCAACUUGGCCGACAACGCAGAACCUGAGCUUGAGAUUUGAUUAAUUGAAAACCAAAAAAAAAAAAAAA